GAUGGUGGUGAAGAAAGAGAGGGAGGAGGAAGAACAACAGAAGGAUGGAGAAGAAGAAAAGAUGGAGGUGGAGGAAAAGGUUGUAAUGAUGGUUGAGGAGGAAAAGAUGGAGGGGGAAGAAGAAAAGGAGGUGGAGAGAGAACAUAAAGAAGAAGAGAUAGAUGGAGAAGAGGAGCAAGAGCCUGUCGCUGUAAGAGAAGUAGAAAUGCAGGUUUUGGUAAACAGAGAAGAAAAUGCAGAAGAAGAAGAAGCACAUGAUGAGACAGAAUCCCAGAAAUCCUCCCCUCCAUCACCUCCCCAGACCUCUGCCGACACUCUGAGGGCUGAUGGAGCAGAAACAGGAGGUGGAGCUCACAGAGACGACUCAGACGCUGCCAAAAACCACAACGGGGACGUUUCCCCCGCCUCGGUGAGCGGGGACAAAGAGGAGCAGGGAGCUCCAACACAAACUGUUUCUCCAACAGACAUCAUCGUGCCUCCUCUCCACGCCACUCUGAACCUGAGAUACCUCACAGACGAAGAGAUCCAGAGUCUGGAGGAGCGAUUCUUAACGCUGUCAGUGACAUCACUUCCUGCUCCAGGUGAUCUUGUUGAAGUGGCAGAGGAAGCAGGGGACGAGGACACCUGGGAGAUCAUACCUGAUCUACACACAGAUCUGCAGGCCUUGGAUUACAGCUGGAAGAUGUCGAUGGAAGCAGGAGGACCAGAAAGCAAUGAGCUCAGUCCAGCUCCAAACUCUUCCAGCCCAGGAGACACUGUGAUGGAAGUGAAGGAGGAAAACGGAGACAAAGAUGAAGGAGGUAAAAACUCGAAGCAGAACUCAGGGGCGGAUGCAGCGGACGAAAAGAAGAACGGUCAGCCGUCAAAGUACAAAACUGUCUCCUACAGGAGGAUCCGUAGAGGAAACACCCGACAGAGGAUCGAUGAGUUUGAGGCCAGGAUGGACUCGUGAUCAGACACUUUAAAUAUUCUCGUCAUAUUGUGUUCAGUUGAUCCGGUAGCUGUUUGUAAUCCUUUUGUAGCAGAUGAUUAUCCUUAGUAGUUAAAUAUAUAGAAAAUUAGAGGAUCCAGUAUAAAGCCUUGUGGUACACCAUAUGCAAUGCCUAUAUUGAGUUAUAAAAACAUUACUGUCCGAAGCCAGGGGUUUUUUGUUGUUAAGGUAUCCUUGAUCUUUAAAUCACCUCUAUCUUGAUAGCUGGACCUUGUUCAUAUUUUUGUGGGGCCAUUUUUCAGAGGCAAACACAUCUUUUUAGUAAAUUAAAUAUAUAUGAAAUAAAGUGCUAUGUUUUUGUAGUUAAUGUAAA